AUGACAAAUGUACCAUCGAUUUAUGUCAUUAUAUCUGGUGUUGAAAGUUUACAAUUAAGUUUACCAUUGAUGUCAAAUGAUAUAAAAUUAUCAAAUAAAAUGCAUAUACCAACUGAAGCAGGCUUAGGUGGUGGAAGUAGUGAUGCAACUGCAGUUUUACGAGCGUUAAAUGCUUAUUUUAAUCAAGCAGUUGAUCGAUCAGCACUAACAUUAAUGGCAGCUCGUCUCAGCUCUGAUGUACCAUUAUUUUUGGCAGAAAAAACAGUGCGUGUCAUUGUGCCUCCAGUAACAGGAGUGUCAACUGCACGUGCAUAUGCCCUUCUUGAUGCAAUGCCAAAUCGACAACCUGGAACUAGUACUGAACGACUUCUUUCUCAUCUACGUCACAAGAAACAAACGUCAAUGAACGUUAGUGAGCUUUUAGCAAUGGGUCUAUCUAAUGAUUUUGAAUCUGUUGUACUUGUUGCUUAUCCUGAUGUUGCUAGAGCAUAUGAAAUGAUUGUAUCUGCAGGCGCUUUACGUGCUCUUUUAUGUGGAAGUGGUUCGGCUAUUUUUGGUCUCGCUCGAGACCUUCAACAUGCUAAUGAUCAUAAUAUGACCUCGAAACAAACACGAGUAGGCAUGGGUUUGGAUGCUCAUCGUUUUCUUCCUACGAAAAAUGGUUCUUCAAACAAAAUUAUGUUGUGUGGAGUUGAAGUUCCUGCAACAUUUGAUAUUGACGCCAAUUCAGAUGGAGAUGUAGGACUUCAUGCUCUUGUAGAUGCCUUACUUGGUUCAGUGGCUGCUGGUGAUAUUGGCAUGCAUUUUGCUCCUGACGAUAAACAAUGGGCAGGAGCCAAGUCAAGUAUAUUUCUUAAACAUGCACUGAUGAUAGUACAUGAGAAAGGCGGCGAAUUGGUUAAUAUUGACAUUACGAUUAUUGCUGAAAAGCUUUACAUUACUCCUUAUCGACAAAUUAUGCGUGAAAAGCUCAGCGAAUUGUUGGCUCUUGAUAUCGAACGUGUUAGUGUAAAAGUAACAACAACAGAAAAAAUGGGCUUCAUUGGACGAGAAGAAGGCAUUGCUGCUCAAGCUAUUGUUAGUGUUCUUGUUUAA